GAGGCAGUGUCAAACGGAGCGCCGCAACUCUCCGCCUUCCACAACCAGUGUGAGCAUAGUUUAACCGUUUAGGACAGAGAUCACAUCCGCAUCCACUGAAUUAACGUCGAGUCCACCGUUGUCUCCGCAAGUCCUAGACAGAGAUUGGACCGUCCAACGCAUCGGCUUUGUCUGGUGCCUGGUGGUCUCGUAUGUCCUGGUCUGCCUUUCCCAAACGUAGUCCUUUGACCAAGACAGCCGACCAAGAAAAUCCCCUGCAAGGCAGCGCGGCCCGGGGGAUGCUGGGGGACAGAUGAUCUGACGCCGAGUCGAAGGAACCUGUGUCACUAUGGGGUGUGCUCACUGUAAGCAGAAGAAGUCCAAAGCAGCGGAGGGCUCAGCACAGUCUGCGUGUGACAUAGCAGUGCCACAGCCCUCAACCGUGCCCCGCUAUGCCCCAGAGCCCACCCAGGCGCCCGCAGGAGGCCUUAUUCCUGACUUCAACAACUACCCCAGCUUGGCCAGCGGGGGCCAGCCCUUCGGCUCGUCCACCUGCUUCCCCUCCAGCACUGCUGUGACCAGAGGAGGUGUUAUCACAGGUGGAGGUGUGACGCUCUUCAUUGCCCUGUACGAUUAUGAGGCUCGCACAGAAGAUGACCUGUCCUUCCGGAAGGGCGAGAAAUUUCACAUUAUCAACAACACGGAAGGGGACUGGUGGGAAGCUCGCUCUCUCGACACUGGGAAUUCAGGCUUCAUCCCCAGCAACUACGUGGCCCCAGUGGACUCCAUACAGGCAGAGGAGUGGUAUUUUGGGAAGAUGGGGCGGAAGGACGCAGAGCGGCAGCUGCUGGGGCAAGGGAAUCCGCGUGGGACCUUCCUCAUCCGCGAGAGCGAGACCACCAAGGGUGCAUACUCUCUGUCUAUUCGAGACUGGGAUGAUGGAAAAGGAGAUCACGUUAAGCAUUAUAAGAUACGCAAGCUGGACAACGGAGGCUACUACAUCACCACCCGCACGCAGUUCGACACCGUGCCGCAGCUGGUGGAGCACUACACUGAGCGUGCUGCAGGCUUGUGCUGUCGAUUGAUUGGCAGCUGUCGUCGGGGAAUGCCCAAGCUGGCGGACCUGUCCGUCAAGACAAAGGACGUGUGGGAGAUUCCGCGAGAGUCUCUCCAGCUCAUUAAGAAGCUGGGGAAUGGGCAGUUUGGGGAAGUUUGGAUGGGUAUGUGGAACGGCACCACAAAGGUAGCGGUGAAGACGCUGAAGCCCGGGACGAUGUCUCCGGAGGCCUUCCUGGAGGAAGCCCAGAUUAUGAAGCGCCUUCGCCACGAUAAGCUGGUGCAGCUGUACGCCGUGGUGUCAGAGGAGCCCAUCUACAUCAUCACUGAGUUUAUGAGCCAGGGAAGCUUGCUGGACUUCCUGAAGGAUGGAGAAGGCAGGGCUCUGAAGUUGCCACAGCUUGUGGACAUGGCUGCUCAGAUUGCAGCUGGAAUGGCCUACAUAGAAAGGAUGAAUUACAUCCACCGGGACCUGCGUGCCGCCAACAUCCUGGUGGGGGACAACCUGGUGUGCAAAAUUGCAGACUUUGGCCUGGCGCGACUCAUCGAGGAUAACGAGUACACAGCACGGCAAGGAGCGAAGUUUCCCAUCAAAUGGACAGCACCUGAGGCAGCACUUUUUGGCAAAUUCACCAUCAAGUCUGACGUCUGGUCCUUUGGCAUCCUCCUCACAGAGCUCAUCACCAAGGGCCGUGUGCCAUACCCAGGGAUGAAUAAUCGGGAGGUGCUGGAGCAGGUGGAGCGGGGGUACCGCAUGCCGUGCCCGGUGGGCUGCCCCAGCUCGCUGCAUGACCUGAUGGUGCAGUGCUGGAGGAAGGAGGCGGAUGAGCGGCACACCUUUGAGUACCUGCAGAGCUUCCUGGAGGACUACUUCACUGCCACAGAACCCCAGUACCAGCCAGGAGAGAACCUGUGAGGGGGCACGUCCCCCCAAACGCCCCCCUCGCCUCCAAAUGCCCCCCUUGCCUCCAAACGCCCCCCCCCACCCCCAAACUUCCCCCUCGCCUCCAAAUGCCCCCCUUGCACAACAUUUAAUGAAGAGUGCCUUGUGCUCCAAGCAGUUUCAGUUCUUUACCCUUAGCCUCAACCACUGUGAUAUUUCUUUCUGCUGCUCUGCAUCUCCCUCCCCUUCUCUUUCCUCCUCCAAUCCAUUUACCUGCCUUUCUCCUCUAUUCCUCUUUUCUCCAUUUCAUUUAUUCUCUUUUAAAACUUUUCUUUUUUCCCUGUUCCCCUCUUUCUCUGCUUACUCCUGCUUACCCUGUCUUGCCAUAAAUCUUCUCUCUCUAUCCUCCCUCUCUCCCUCCCUUUCUCUCUCCCUCCCACUCCUGUUUCCUGUUGCCGUAGAGACCUUGAGUCCUGAACAAGCAGCCUCUCUUUUUCUCUCUCCUGCUAUCCAUGGGCACAGAACAAUGGAUACCGAGCCUUCAGAUUUAUUCUUUCCUUUGAUUUAGAUGGACGGACUUUGUCUGGACUCUGUUACUCUGGACUCUGCUCUGAGCUCUGUUGCUUCGGCCUGCCCAAGAACGAGUGUGGAUCUGAUCUGCACAGACUGCAGACAGAGAACUAUGGAGCCUUUCAUGCAAAUAUGUCACUUUAUUUCUGCUCUCCUUUCAUUUUUUUUUUUUUACUUAAUGUUGGGAACUUUCAUAAAUAAGGGUUGGGGGAACAAAGUCAUCAUGCAGUGCUAUAAUUCAAUAGAGGGCUCUUUAUCUUUGUGAUUAAUGUUUAUUUGAUAUUGUAUAAGUGUGAUUAUUAUUUAAUACAUGCUUUUAUUGUAGUCUUAUUUGUCCUGUGCCAGUUGUGCUAUAUAACCUCCCAGAAUAAAGAGUCACUGAGGUCAAAGGGCAGGCAUCUUGUCACAUGAUAAAAGCGCUUUGGAUAAAAGCGCUAUAUAAAUGUCCAUUUACAUGACUACAGUGCCACUUGUGCCUUGCUGUGCCCAGUAAUAUUUGGAAAAACACUGCUAGCACAUGUUACUCCAACAGUGUGGUAAGGUUGUGGCAAUGCUGUAGCAGUGUUUUUAUCAUUUUGUUUUUCAUUUCUUACGAAAAAUCAUAUAAUUCCAGCUAUAGGUUCACGUCACAAUUUAAAAAAAAAAUUUAAAAAAAAAAUUUUAAAAGCAUGUUAAGGACAUUUACAACCUGUCAGGACCGCAAGACCUCAAUGCUCUAGAACUUUCCAAUGGCCUAAAAAAGAUGUUAUUUGCUUAGUUGGGAACCAUUUUUACCCUAAAGGGCAUCAUAUCUCUGCCUUAUGAUUAUGUGAUGAAGGUGAUUAUUUGAUUUGAUUUAAAUGUUUUUUUAAUGCUGGUUAUUUUGUUUUUCCCUGUUUAAGUGAGGACUUGUGGCCUUAUGGCUUUCAGGUGUACAUUAUGUAAAAGGCUUUUCCAGAGAAA